AUGGACCCGACUAAAGCGACCGAGGAGACCAGUACCACCGGAGCUGAUCAAGAGCGACCAUCGUGCCAAGGCUGUCGGCGGCGCAAGUUGAAAUGCUCCAGGGAAUCCCCGACAUGCUCCCAAUGUAACCGAUUGGAAUCUCCAUGUGUUUAUGACACCAAGAGGAGCAAGCCGGGAUUGAAAACCGGCGCGGUUGAGGGCUUGAGUCGUCGAAUCGAGGUACUGGAGGAUACGCUUAGAGAGGUUCAGGCACGAGAAAGUGGCUCUCUAGGUGGUGGACAUCAACCAUCGAGUCCCGAUAAUGGUCGUUUAGAUGGGGUGGUGAACCUGCUCUCUACAGUGUGUCUGGAACUGUGCAAAUUCAACAGCCGAAACACUCGCGCAACAAACGACUCAACCUCCGAGCGGAUCUAUCAGCACUCGCCAGGUUCCGAACGCGAUGGUUCAUUGGAUUCGCCAGUUACACACCAGCCCCGGAAGAGGCGAAGAGUUGAUACUUGUGGCAAUCCAAAUAUCGAACUACAACUGCCCUUGGAGGAUCUGGAGGCUACCUCAAGUCUGCCUGCACCGGAAGUACUUGAAGAAAUUGUGGAUACAUACUUUGAGAGAGUUCAUCCUUGGAUCCCCAUUAUCCACGAAACUCGAUUUCGACGGCGAAUGCAUGAUCCAGAUCAAAGAGGAUCUUUGGUUGUCAUUCUUCACGCGAUCUUGGUGGCAGCUAUCCGGUUCAAAUGCUCCAGUAGUAGCAAUGCAUCUCAAGUGGACGCAGAGUCAAGGGCCAGAAGGUCGAGGAGUAUCGUUGUAUUGACAGCGAUGGAUAGUCUUUCAGUUGAGAAUCUACAGGCUUUGAUCAUCAUUGCUUUCGAUGAUAUCGGAAAUGGAAAUACCUCUCGAGCGUGGUCAAUUGUCGGAUCUCUGACGAGAACUGUGGAAUACCUGCGACUCAGCGUGGAAGACGAAGAUCAUGAUAACCAAAGGCUACUCAAACCUUUACUUUCUCUCCCACCUUCGCUUGGAACACGAGUCUUACUGCAGAUGAUGUCCAUCGAAGACUACCCGCAGACGGGGGGGCUUUGGCAUCGGGAAGAACAAGUGACGACGCCAUUCUUUGGAAUCUGGGAUCGAUCAGAAGCCCGAAUCGGAAAUUCAAUCGCUUUUCUACCAGCUCAGUACACGAGUAUUCCGAAGAGCCCCGAGUCGCCAACCGACUCUCCGGCACAAUAUGGAUCCCCACAAUUGGCGUCCCCUGGCACAACACAACCAGACAUGUCAACUGUGGGGGCAUUUGCCUAUUGUGUAGAGGCAACGGAAUCCCUAAGUCGAGUCACAACAUUCUUUCUCCAGCAGAAAAUCAACUUUCAUGACCGACGUGAGGUUAGCAGCUGGCUAACCCGGUUCAAAGAGUUGGACCUCCGCCUUGUACAUUGGAAGAUGUUUCUUCCCCAGAAAUGGAGGGAUUCAAAUAUCUCGCGCCAACCAACAUUGGUUAACAUGGAUCCAAAUCUUACGCUUGCUCACGUCACUCACAACACAUCAAUGAUUCUUCUACACCAGCGCAUAGGAUAUCCACCUGCGGAGUGGGCGAAUAUUGUUCGACUUCCAAGUGUAUGCAGUGCUGAGACAUGCCAAAAUGCCGCAAUUGAGAUACAGAAUAUGACGGCCAAAUAUUUGGACAAUACUCCAAUAAUCCAUCCAGUGUCUAACCAAUUCGUCUUCUGCGUAUUUGUCGCGGCCCGUGUUCUGCUAGUUCACUGGCGCUACUAUAACACCGAGCUUACGCAAGAGCUCUGGUAUCUAGUUGAUAGUCUUGAAGAGAUGGCUAGGAGGUGGCGCGGAUCUACUUCUCUGGCUUCAUCACAAAAUCGGUGUCUGGCUAGCACCUACGCAGAUCAUCUCCGUGAUCUUCAUCGACGCUGUCUAGCUGCUCCAAAAUUUAACGUGGAUGUACUAGGAUACUCGACAGUUAUUUCAAAUCACCAUGCCCCAUCUAGUACCGGUUCUGUGAUAUCUAAUCGUUCCCCGUUGGCUCAGCAACAUCAACAGUACGCAGGAAAUUCACCGCAGAGCGUCCCUCGCCCUAGUUUCACUCAAGAAGUCGAUACAGGGAUGCCUCACUCUGGAACACAAUGGUCUCAUACCGAUGACUUUGUUGCUCCUCAGCAUGCAAAUGCACAACUUGAUCAAGCCAUGAGGAACUUGAACUAUCCAGUCAAUGGUCAUAACCAAGCGGAUGAACUCUCGAAUAUAUCUUAUCUCCUCCUUGAUCAGCAAUUUAUGGAUAUGGAUCGCGUUAUAAGUUUGGACGACAUGAUGUUCACUAAUACUAUGGCAUCCGUGAAUGCAGGAACGGAAGAUCACUUGUCAGGGGUGAAUGCCCGGAUGUAA